AUGGACUCUGAAGGCAGCCAGAUACAUGUACAAAUUACACAGCCUCAGGCGAGACGAGAGGCACGAGUCUUCCACCAAGUUGGCGAUGAACAACUUGACCCUCACAUCCACGACGACCAUGGCGACCCUCACCGCGCUGCUCUUGAAGACUUGGAUCCCGAUGCCAAAGUCAGCUUGUCGGUUUGGCUGGCCGUGUUCUUCCUGAGCUUCACAGCCCAUCCAUCUAUCAGCUUCCCUCUUCUUUGUGUCUUCCCCAUCAACGUACCUAUUGCAAUGGACCUGCAAGGAAACAGCCUCAACGUGAAUUGGAUCGCAGGUUCGUGGUCACUGGCAGGGAGCGUCGCAAUGGUACUCGCCGGACAGCUAAGCGAUUACUUCGGCCGCCGCCAAAUAGUUCUGUUUGGUCAGGCGACUCUCAUUGUUGGGCACCUAUUAGGGGGGACGGCACAAAGCCUAGGACAGAUCAUCGCAGCGAUGACCAUUCUUGGGCUUGGUGUCGGCAUUAUAUUUGCAAUCUACCCUGGCAUUUCGGAAAUCCUCCCUAAUAGAUACCGUUCUCUGGGUCUGGCCACAACAGAGCUUCAGAUUCUUCCGAUCAGCACAUUCGGUCCGUUGAUCGCAAAGGCACUCGUCAAAUAUGCCACUUGGCGGUGGGUGUUCCAUCUUGGAACUAUCACGGCAGCCUUCGCACUCCUCGGGACGAUUAUAUUCUACCACCCACCAUCCAAACCCAUCAGAGACCGUUCCAGAAGACAAAUAUUUCGCGAGCUGGAUCAUCUGGGGCUUUUUCUGUAUACGGCAGGGGUCGCCCUCUUCUUACUCGGACUUGGAUGGGGAGGCAUUCAAUAUCAGUGGAACAGCGCGGCUGUACUCGUCCCUCUGUGUUUGGGCUUCCUCUUGUUCUGUGCUAUGCUAUUCUGGGACUUUAGCGGACGACCUCAGCGACCGACCUUCCCUCUACGCCUUUUCCGGAUGUUCAGGGAGUUCGUUACAGUCAUCGCUGUAAUGUUUGUCACGGGGCUUGUGUACAUCACCAGCGCCGCACUGAUUCCCCUGCAGAUCAGCUAUAUCUGGACCGCGGACCCCAUCAAAGCUGGCUUCUACAAUAUUCCGGCUGGGUUUGGAGCGGCAAUCGGCGGUACACUCCUGGGUGGGCUGAUUUACAAGAUGAAGCACGUACCAAUUCAGAUGGCGGUCGCUGUUGCUAUACAAACCACAUUUAUGGCUCUUCAGGCUCUGAUAACCCCCCACCACAUCGCCAUGGGCAUGGUAUUCCAGACAUUGGCUUCACUUCCGUUUGGAUGGAUCCUCAUUGCUUGUUACGUGACCGUGGGCCUUCAUGUUCCUCAUCGAGACCUUGGUUUGGCUUACGGACUUGUUGGUACAUCCAGAUUCCUUGGAGGCGCCGUGGGUUCUACGAUAUUUUUCACCAUCCUCAGCAACAAGGCCGCAGUAAGGAUACCGACGAGAGUUGUCGAAGCAGUCAUACCUUUGAACUAUGCUCUUUCGGAAGUCCCAUCGCUCAUUGCAGCGCUGACUUCAGGGGUUACUUCAGGGCUGGCCGGGAUCCCCCCCCGUGUCGUCGAAGCGGCGGCCAAUGCAAUAAAAUGGGGCUACGCUGACGCCUUUAGGGUGACAUGGCUGGCUACAGUCCCAUUUGGCGUCAUCGCUAUUACAUUAGCUACUUGCAUUAGAGAUCCAUCGCCUUACUUCACUUCUCAUACGGCUGUUACUUUGGCAAAGGAAAGAUUCAGAGAUCGGCAUCACGAAAAAGAUGCCUCUUCUGAGAAAGCAGGUAUCCAAGGAGAGUCCGCUCACCUAGAAGGUUAA